CAGCAUGUAAUGGACAUAAUAGCAAGUCAUUCAGUCACAAUUGUGGCAAUUAUAUACCUAAUCGGUGUGCUCUGAACGGAAUUUGGUUUAUGCUAAAGCCACAUCGGACUGAAUGCAAUGCACUGGAGCUUGAACAAAAUGAUCCUUCCGGUUCUGAUCGUUUGUCUUGUCCUGGGUGCAGACGCGACUCCAUUUCCUGACAACUCUGCCCAGCACCCAGCAGACGGCAGUCAACAUCCGACUACAGUCGUCCAGCACCAGGAGUCAACUCCAGCACCUCAACAAGGUUCCUCCAACACUAAAGGGAAGAAACCUUCAAACCUGAUCACAAUUCAAUCCGGACAUAUAAAGGUGGCGCUUAAACAGACCACGAUUGACGUCCUCACAGAGAUGUUCAAUAGAAUCGACAAGGACAAAGAUGGCUUCAUCAGCUCUGACGAACAUUCAGUCAUGUGGAAUUCUAUAGACACCGAUGGUGACGACGUGUUGUCGACAGAAGAGAUAUCCACAAGUCACACAACCUGGUAUGAAGCGUUUGCAGGCGACGUCAACGGGGACGGCAUUAUGUCUCAGAAAGACGCCGAACACGUGAUUAAGGCCAUGGAUCUGGAUGGUGACGGGAGAAAUGGACUUGAUGAAUUUCUUGUAUUUAUCGGUUUGGUAAAGACUCAAAACGAAGACUCGCACAAUUACAGAUAAAGCACAAGCCUGACGGGAAGCAGCAGUAACUUGAGAUCAAACUGUAUUUUGUAAUGUAAUGCUGUAAACACUGAAGAAAACAAUAAAUGAUUAACAUAU